AUGGAAUUCGUGACGGGCGCAAUGGGCACACUUCUCCCCAAGCUAGGAAAGCUGCUCAAGGAAGAGUAUGAGUUACAAAAGAGUGCAAAAGAUGGGAUCAUUUUCCUCAAGACCGAGCUUGAGAGUAUGCAAGCUGCCCUUGAGAAGGUCUCAAAUGUGCCAUUAGACCAUCUUGAUGAGCAAACUAAGCUUUGGGCUAGAGAUGUUAGAGAGAUAUCCUACAACAUCGAGGAUGACAUAGACACUUAUAUGGUGCGAGUUGAUGGCCUUGAGUCCCGCAAAAAACACAAUUUCACAUGGUUAAUAGAUAGGUGCCACAAGUCAUUAUCCAAGGUUAAAAUCCGCCACAAAAUAGCUAAUGACAUCAAAGAUCACAAGAGCCAAAUUAUGGAGGUGAUGGAACGACGUAAUAGGUACAAGAUUGAUGAAGUUGGGGCUAGGCUUUCAACGGGUAUCGACCCUCGCAUCGGGACACUAUUUGAGAAGGCCGAAAAUCUCAUUGGCAUCAAUAAGGCAAGGGAUGAUUUAAUCCAUAAGUUGUCUGUCAGGAAUGUGGAAUGUACAAAGCUUAAGAUAGUCUCUAUUGUUGGAUUCGGGGGAUUAGGGAAGACAACUCUUGCCAAAGCAAUGUAUGAUGUUCUUCAAAAAGAGUUUGAAAUUUCAGGUUUUGUACCAGUUGGUCAGAACCCCAACAUUAAGCAAGUGUUCAAAAACAUCCUGGUUAAACUUAACAAACCAAAGUACAUAGGACUCAAUGCAGCAGCACAAAGCGAAUAUGAUCUGAUUGAUGAGCUUCGAGCAUGUCUUCAAAGUACAAGGUAUUUGAUUGUUAUUGAUGAUGUAUGGGAGACAUCAACAUGGAAAUAUAUUGAACAUGCUUUACUAGAUGAUAGUUGUGGAAGUAGAGUAAUUGUAACAACUCGUAUUUCUGAAGUUGCUAAAACAGUUGGUGAUGUCUACUUCAUGAAGCCACUUUCUGAUAGUAACUCAAAACAGUUAUUCUACAUUAGAAUCUUUGGUUCUAACUACAAAGGUCCAACUGAUGACGUAUUGGCUGAGGCAACCAAGAUCAUCUUAAAGAAAUGUGGUGGUAUACCAUUGGCUAUAAUUACAAUAGCCAGUUUGUUGGUUGAUAAACCAGUGGAGGAUUGGUUUGAUGUGUAUAACUCCAUUGGAUUUGGGCCUGAUGACCAAAAUAAAGUAGUUCAUAACACAAGAAAGAUAAUCUCAUUUAGUUACUAUGAUCUACCUUCUCGCCUUAAGACUUGUCUUCUGUACCUAAGCAUAUAUCCAGAAGAUCAUGCAAUCAAGAAGGAUACUUUGAUAUGGAAAUGGAUAGCUGAAGGCUUUGUUUAUGAGGAACCAGGAAAAACAUUAUUUGAGGUUGGAGAGAGAUACUACACGGAGCUUAUAAAUAAAAACAUGAUUCAGCCAAUGAACAAUGACUAUAUUUAUUACUACCAAGGUGGGGAUUACUGCCAUGUGCAUGACAUGGUGCUAGACCUCAUCCGCAUCUUGGCAAACGAAGAAAACUUUGUAAAAGUAUUGGAUAGAAUUCAUGGAGAGAGCAUUUCAUCUCUGGAUAGCAGAACUACCCGUAGGCUGGCACAACAUAAGAACUGGAACGAACAUAGCCUGGAGAUGGCUACGGGCAUGGAACACCUGAGAUCAUUCAAUGCCAUUGAGUGCCCUGUUAGCAUGAUUCCCCUGCUUGCAACCUUCGAGGUUCUACGUGUGCUAGCACUUGAAGACUGUGAUGUCACCGGAGGUUGUGACCUCAAGCAUAUCGGGAACCUACAUCAGUUGAGGUAUCUCGGACUGAAAAAUACAUGUGUUGCCAAGCUCCCAGAGGAAAUAGGGAAUCUUGCAGAGCUGCAGUCACUGGACAUCUCUCGCACUGACCUUGUGGCACUACCGGCAACCAUCGUCAAGCUAAGCAAGCUAAUGCGGCUAUGCGUUGAUGUAAUACCAAGCAUUUUGCCUGGGAUCGGGAACCUGACAUCCCUGCAAGAGCUGCGGCUGGGCGUUGUAUCAGAUGACACCUGGCCAAACUUUGCUGUGGAGUUGCGCAAACUUGUGCAGUUGAGGAUACUCAAUGCUUUCUUCCAUUUCCAGAAUACAAAUGAGUGUUUUGUGGAUGUUCUGGUGGAGUCAUUGAACAGCCUACGUCGAAUCCAGCGCCUGGAAAUCGCAGGCUCUCUGAGGAUUGUGACAUGUCGCUGGGAUGGUUGGGAGCCUCCACGGAAGCUCGAACGGUUCUAUUUGGGGAGCGACUUUCUCCUACCCCUGCUUCCAACGUGGAUGAACUCCAUGCUUGUCCCACACCUCACCUCUCUGGACCUUAAACUGCUGGACAUGGAGAACAAGGAUCUGGAUAUCCUUGCGAGGUUGCCGGCACUCCACAUCCUAAACCUACAAAUCGAGGGGAAAAAAUUGUCCUGCACCGUCGCUGGAGACGGACUCUUCCCCAAACUGAAACUGUGCCGUACAAACAUAGCACUCACAUUUCUACCGGGAGCGAUGCCAAUGCUGAAAGAUUUUAUAUUUCAUGUCACGGUAUCAUGGUAUGAUGCCACCAAUGACAUUGGGUUGGGGAACCUCCCUUCACUCAAUCUCGCUUGGUUUGAACUUCACUGCGAGGAUGCCACACCCAGACAGGUGAUCAAAGUGGAGCGUGCUUGUAGGCGCGCUGUCGACGCCCACCCCAACCAUCCAUCCAUUAAAUGUUUUCGAUAUGGAGAGGAUAAGAUGGCAGAAGACUACUACUUUCCUCGAGUACAAAUUUUCGCUCCCAAGAUGAAACAAGACAAACAUCACGGUGAGGAUGAGGAGAUUUCAGAUACGAACCAAGAGCUGGACAAUGAUGAAACCAAGCAGGAAGAGUUUUUGCACUAA